AUGAACAACUAUCUUAUAUGGGUGUCGUUGCUGCUCAAUGCAGUGCUUCUUUGGGUCGCCAUAACGAAGGUGCCUUACACGCUGGUGCCAUUUUUGGUGCAUCCGCUGGACCAGUAUAUUGACGGUGCUGGGUGGUUUGAAAAACACCCCAUCGAUUUCGUUAACGCUUCGGCUGUGUUUAAUACGGUGCACGGAGCGUUGAAACAGAAGGAUAAUGAUGUUUUCCCCGUGGGCGUCUCUUUCAUUCCAGCGUAUAUUCCGCCAAAUACGUUGAUGUACCAUUCGACGUCGCUGCCACAUAUUCCAGAUGGCUACGAAUGGAUAGCUAUGGACUACGAGUUUAGUUAUAACUUUGCACGUUUCGAUAGGGGCAAGAAACCGGUGUUUAGAAGGCCUCCAAAGAGACCACACCAUGAUUCAACUAAUGGCGUCCACCAGGUUUCGUCCAAGUUCAGUUUACCUCUGGGCAAUGCGUUUCUCUAUACCUUCAGAAACACUAAACCUUUGGAUAAGCUUAUUUACCUUGAUGGAGCUUCGGCUGCCAAGACAAAUACCGGAGAGAUGGACCAGCAGUCGAUUCUUAUGAGACAGAAGAAUGUGGAUGAGAGAGUGGACGAGUAUAAGGCUGCUGAGGUGAUUUGUGAAUGGGGUAAGGAGUUUGGUCUUCAGGGCAUUAUUCGUCUUGAAAUUGGUUACGAAAUGGUACUUUGUGAUUUCCACGAUGGUAUAGAACUUGCUGCUAAUGUUUCGUUGAAUAACGUUACAGACUUGGCCCACUUGCCUUAUGAGAAGCCAGUUCCUGAAACUCCUCUUGAAACCAAAAGAGAGAAGCUUCUUGAUGGCUGGUCCAGUUUCAACAGCUGGGAGCAUCUCAAAGCAGGUGGAGGUGUUGACGACGGAGAGCAUAGAAUCGUUCUUGACUUCUCCAAUAUGGUUACUCCACUUAAUCUGACCUGGAUCAACCCAGACCCAUACAAGAGAAGAAUCCAUAACCUUUCUGAACCUGCAAAGGAAGCUAUUAUCAGUGACGUCCGUAAAGGUCUUGUUGAACCGGUUGAUCCAUUCAGGAAGACCGAUUGGCAGUUGCUCACUAGGAGAAUCGAAGAGAAGUUUGCUCCUUUGUUCAUGUUGCUUCAGACUUCUUUCAGGGUGUUUGAAGAGAACCUGAAGGAAGGUGACCUCUCAGAGGUUUUGGAAUCUGCCGUUUCAGACCUCACCAGAAUAACAUUCAACUUUGUUAGGAGGUACUCCAACAACAACAUAAAAGACCAAAAAGCCAAGGAAGAGCAGGCUUUCAAGGACGCCAUCAAAGACUACGCCUUCCACACUUUCCCCAUAGCCACCAAAGCGGACAGCUUGGUGUUUUCGUCGCUCUACAGAGUGACCACCGAGGUUGUUGGCUCUUUGUUCGACAUAUACUACACCACGAGAGAAAUGUUACAUGACAUUUAUGUGGAACCCAGCACAGCCCGCCACGAAGAGUUUAAAAAGACGCUCUUGCAGAAACAAAAAGACCUUUCAGAUCUUUUAGGUGUUUUGCGCUGGUCCAUAUUCACCCGCUGUUCGAACUCCUGUGCCUGGGAUGAAGUCUGUUACUCCCCUACGUGGGGACCAGGCCCAAUGGGUUGGGGAGCCAACGAUAAGUACUUUGUUCACGACGGUGAUCGGUACAGAAUCCCAACAGAAUUGACUUGCGUCAGUUACAAAGACGUACCUCAGCGCUAA